CAUAGCUGAUGAGUGGAACCGUCCUUCGUGUUUUAUGCUUGUUUCAUGCAAGGCUCAACCCCAACAGUCUCCUGAUCCGCAGUUUGGUAUUCCAAAUCCUUAUCCUGCUGACGUUGUUACACGCACAUCGCUGCAUAAAGCCCAGGGCAAACCGCGCUUCUAGCUUAACUUGCGUAUCUAUUCUCGGUUCAUGCAAGUUCCGCGCCAGCUGCUGUCAAAUUCAGCUUUAUUCCAAAUUCACGUCGCCCUCAAAUCCGUUCCUUGUCGUCCCGCUUGCGCAAGAAGAGGCCUUCCGAAGGAGCAAGCCUCAAACUUAAGAUCUCUUGCGCCGCUCAGUGUCUCGAGUCGUCACUUCAUCGCCCGCAACACCAGCGCAGACGUGCUCAAUCGGCGGCACCAACAUCGCACCUUUGCGCAUUCCCUUCCUCGAUCAUCCUCCCCGCCCGGUUCCGCUCCCGCUCCCGCGCCCACCAUGUCGUCCGCGACCACCUUCUUCGACUUCACCCCCAAGGACAAGCGCAGCGAGGACUACCCGCUCGCGCAACACAAGGGCAAAGUGGUGCUGGCGGUCAACACGGCCUCCAAGUGCGGCUUCACCCCGCAGUUCAAGGGGCUCGAGACCGUGUGGAAGGACAUCUCGGAGAAAUACCCGGACCAGUUCGUGGUCAUCGGGUUCCCCUGCAACCAGUUCGGCGGGCAGGACCCGGGCUCCAACGACCAGAUCCAGGAGUUCUGCCAGGUCAACUACGGCGUCUCGUUCCCCGUGCUGGGCAAGACGGACGUCAACGGCGACAAGGCCGAGCCCGUCUGGGAGUGGAUGAAGGCCGAGAAGCCGGGCAUCAUGGGCCUAAAGCGCGUCAAGUGGAACUUUGAAAAGUUCCUCAUCAACCGCGACGGCAAGGUCGUCCAUCGCUGGGGGUCCAUGACCAAGCCCGAGAGCAUUGAGAAGGAGAUCAUUGCGGAAAUCGAGAAGGGCAACAAGUCCUAGGUGGGGGGUGGUUCUGCUGGGGAUAAGGAGUGCAGUGCAACGAAAAUGCAAUAUGAAUGAUCAAUGGGUGAUGCUGUGGUGGUUAGUUGGAGAAGUGGAUGGUGGUGGUGGUGGUGGUUCCAGAGCCAGCAAAAGAGAUGUCGAUCGAGCAGUUGAUGAUACCCUAACGUCGAGUUUUACCGACAAGCGCUAAAUGAUGACGAUGAAUUGUGAACAUGCAAUACCAUUCAUUCAUUGUUCACUUUUGGUUUCGGUUCCAAGUCCCAUACCCCAAGCGAAAAAAAAGGGCAUACGACAAAAGGCGCCUUUCCCCCAUUUUUUGGUUUUACACCCCAAAACACUCAAAAUGCCCUCCCAAUUUUCUCUGAGAUGUCAUCGUCCCACCGGCGACACGUCGCGACUCCCCCCUCUCUCGAGAUCCGCCUCGAACGGAUUCUGCGGCCCCAGUCCCAGUCCCAGGCCCUGUACCUGUCCCUGUCCCGACCCUUGCCGCUGGCUCUGUGACGUCGUCUCCUGCGCCUCGAAAUGUUUAUACGCCUGGUCUCGCGGGUACGUGUUGACGACCAGCUCCAGGUCGCCGGUGUCGUCGUCGAUCUCGCGGUUCUUCUCGGCCUCUUGGGCGUGCCGCUGGCGGCGCUUGCGGCGGACGAUGACGAAGAGGACGAUGGCGAGGAUGAUGAACAGGCUGUGCGUCGGUUGGGAAAAGUGUCAGCAGCAACGAGGGAGGAGGGUUCGAGUACUUCGGUGCGAGGUACUCUCUGUAUCUUUCCGGCAAGCAAAGCAAUCAUACCAUAGGCUUAUGAGCAGGGGCACCCCCGUGGUCAGAAACUGGCUCGUGUAUUUCUCGCAUACGUCGUCAUUGGGGUUUGGGUUGACGCAUUUGUCUCUCCUCAGCAGUGUGUGUAGUUGCCACAUCGUUUCCCUUCCUUUUUGGGUGUGUGUGCUUUGCCUGCUUGCUUAUCUCUUUCGCUUUUUUUUGUUUCUUCUGUUC